AUGACAGCCCCGCAGACCAUUGAGCUGGGCUCCGUCCUUAUCACGGGUGGCUGCGGCUUUCUAGGCUCUCACAUCGUCGACCAGCUCCUCAACUUCCCCUCUGAAGUCUCCGAAACCUCUUCCACCAACUCCUCCACAACCUCCAGUAAAGACCAACAAUACAUCCCCAGUCCCAUUCGGAAACCCAAUGGCGAGCCCGAUAUCCGUUUUAACCUCCCCCGCCUUACGGGCCGCUAUCCAACCUACAAAAAUACAAAGGUCUCCGUGCUCGACCUGCGGGUAGUGCACAAUCGAUUCCCAGGCGCCGACUACUAUGAAGGCGACAUUACGUCCAUUGAUUCUCUGCUGGAGGUGUUUCGGAAGGUGAAACCGGAUGUAGUCAUCCAUACCGUCGCUCCAGUGUUGCUUCAACGAGAUGAUACCAUUAUGUAUAAGAUCAAUGUUCUUGGGACGAAGAAUUUGGUUGAGGUUGCUGGUGGCCUGAAGGGGGAUUGGGGUGGGGUUUGCAAGGCGUUUGUCUACACGAGUUCUUCAUCUGUGGUGCACGAUUGCGUUAGUGAUCAGAUUCGGGUGGAUGAGAGGUGGCCGCUGAUGCUUGGAGAGUUGCAAAAUGAGUAUUAUACAAAAACCAAGGCCGAAGCCGAAGUGACAGUUCUGAAAUUCAACAAAACUGCACCGUCAGGCAUGCUAACCACCGCCAUACGACCCGCUGGCAUCUUUGGUGAGCGCGACACGACCUUAACAAAGAGCAUGGCCGACCACGGGCGCAAGGCCUCACCCUUCGUCCUGCGCUUCCAACUCGGCACAAACGACAAUCUAUUCGACUUCACCUACGCCGGCAAUGUCGCCUACGGCCACACGCUAGCCGCCCACUGCCUGCUGGAAACUUACAAGCGUCUGAAAUCUGGCGGUGCCGCCCCGCUGGACUAUGAGCGUGUCGACGGCGAGGCGUUCAACGUCACCAACGACAGCCCCGUGUACUUUUGGGAUAUGGCCCGGAGUAUCUGGGCGUACAUGGACAAGAUCGUCGAGCCGGAUAAGGCUAUUGUGCUGCCUGAGGGGGCGCUGACGGUUAUUGGGGGUAUGUUGGAGACGGUGUACGGGUUGUUUGGGAAGAAGCCGAGGUUGUCCAGGAAGGAGGUUAGGUUUUCGUGCAUGACGAAGUAUUAUUCGUGUGAAAAGGCGAAGCAGAGGCUUGCGUAUACGCCUGUGGUGCCGAUGGAUGAGGGUGUUGCUAGAGCUAUGUUAACAGUAUUGCAGAGGGAGCAGGCUCCUGAGGCGAAGAAGGUGUUGUAG